UUCACAUGCGUUCACCGCGUCGCGCGUCGCCGUCGUGCGUGUGUGUGAUUGUGCCUAGGAGUGAGCACGAAUCUUGUCCGGUAGCUCUGACGAUAAUGGGGAAGAAAGACAAGAAAAAGGGCAAAGGAGCCGAGAAAACGAUCGCCAAGACUGAAAAGAAGGCCGCCCAGAAGCUGAAGAAAACGCUGGCAGCAAAAGGCGAGGAUGACAUCGAAAAGUUGAUCUCCCUGUGUGUGGAGCAGGACAGGAAGAGGCCAGCGGUGACAGAGGAGCUGGUCGGUCCUCCUUCGUUUCGGAGCGGAGCCACGCUUUGUGCACAUCCCGAGAAGGAGCAGUUGCUGCUCUUCGGAGGAGAAUACUACAACGGACUAAAGACGUUUAUGUACAACGAGCUCUACGUGUAUAACAUCAAGAAGAACAGCUGGCUUUUAGUCAAAUGCCCCCAUCCUCCGCCGCCACGAAGCGCGCAUCAGACGGUCGUGGUCCCCCGGGGUGGGGGCCAGAUGUGGGUGUUUGGGGGCGAGUUUGCGAGCCCCACCCGUUCCCAGUUCUACCACUACAAGGACCUGUGGGUGUACCAUCUGGCCAGUCGGAGCUGGGAGCAGGUGAAUGUGCCUGGGGGACCCAGUGCCCGCAGUGGUCACCGAAUGGUCCAACUCGGCCACAAGUUGAUUGUCUUCGGUGGCUUCCACGAGAGCGUUGGGGAUUACCGCUAUUUCAACGACAUGUAUUCAUUUGAUCUGGACGAAAGAAAAUGGACAAAGCUAGAUCCGGUGAAUGUGGGACCGUGCCCACGAUCUGGCUGCCAGAUGUUCGCUAUGUCGGAAGACCGAAUGGUCAUCUAUGGCGGCUACUCUCGUGAAAAGCUCAAGAAGGAUGUGGACCGUGGAGUGGCUCACACGGACAUGUACAUUCUGCAGCUGGACACACGAGGCGGUGGCCCCGGCAAGUGGAAGUGGGCUCCCGUGAAGCAGACGGGGAUGCGGUUGGGACCUCGGAGCGGCCUGUCGACGGCGCCAGUGCCGCAGACCAACCGGGCCUUCCUGUUCGGCGGAGUGCAGGACGAGGAAGACGAGGAGGCGCUCGAGGGCCGGUUCUUUAACGACUUGCAUCAGCUAGAGCUGGACAGGGGCCAUUGGAGGCUGGUGCAGCUCAGGGGCGAGGCCGGGAAGGAGGAUGACGGCCAGGGCAGGGACGAGGCCGAGGAGGCCAUUCACCGCCUCAGCAUCCAGGAACCCGUGGUUACAUCAGAUGAUGGCAUCUUCACCGUGACCAUUGGUGCCUCUGAGAGCAAGAAUUGUGGCCAAGAUAAAGCGUGCCCUAGAGCAACCACCUCAGCCAAGGACGUGUCUGUGCCAGUCCCCCGGAUGGGCUGCAGCAUGGUGAUCAAGCACGGCAUCCUCUACCUUUACGGUGGCACUUUUGAGGAUGGCGAUCGUCAGUUCACGUUAUCUGACAUGUACUCCCUCGACAUUCACAAGUUGGAUCAGUGGAAGGUCUUGAUUCCUUUGGACACAAAAACACAAGAGUGGCUUGGCUCUGACGACUCUGACGAGGACACUGGUGACGAGGAUGACGACGAGAGCGACGAAGACAUGGAGUCAGGCGAUGAUGACAGCCACAGUGAGGAUGCAGCUGAUUAAACUGUAUGGUUUAAUUGUAA